ACUUGAACAGCGAACGCUUCGUCAGACGUGUCGUCCGUUGCCGCACUGUCCGCACGCACUAUUCACGCCGCCUAAUCCGAAUCAACUACUCAUCAACCAAAAUGGUUCAACUCGUCACCGACGCUGCCGAUCUGGCAACUAAAUUGACCGAUGCCAAAGAAAAAUUAGUCAUCAUUGACUUUUUUGCCAAAUGGUGUGGUCCUUGCAAGUUAAUGGCUCCAUUCAUUGAAGAACUGGCCAAUGAGUAUCCUGAUGUAGUCAUGUUAAAAGUUGAUGUUGAUGAAUGUGAAGAAGCUGCUAUUGAGUAUAACAUCCAAUCAAUGCCCACAUUUGUCUUCCUAAAAUCAAAAAAAGAAGUUGUUCGGUUUUCUGGUGCUAACAAAGAUAAAUUAAAGGAUAAUUUAUUGAAACACAAAUAAUAAUAUCAAAAUUGGCUUCAACCAUAGUGUCUUAAUGGACCUGCAUAUAUUCAAUGAAUUUUUUUUUAUAAUUAAACAAAAAUAGAUUUUAUACUGUCAUUAACUAUUGUAUUUGUUUAAAAUUAUUAUCUACAAAAAAGUAUAAAUAUAUAUUUUUAAAAAAAAAUUACUAUAAAAUAUUCAUAAUGUUAUAAUUUAUUAAUAACCAAGCUAUGCAAUUGAAACCGAAAUGUAUACUUACACGUUACGUACUUACUUAGAAAUAAAUUAAAAUGCACAUUGAAAUUGCUACCAACUAAAUUCAAGUUUUGUUAUUUUUGUUUGGAGCUGUGUUAAGUUUUAUUAAAUUAUUAUGUCAUAGAAUAUUAAAACCUAUAACAAUUUCAAGUAUUUCAGGUAUAAACAUUUUUAAUCAAUAUAAUAUACUGUAUUAUUUAUUCAUUA